CAGCCCGCCGGUGUCCGGGAACCCCCGCCCCUCCUCGGCCGCCCGGCCUGGGAACCCCUCGCGGCUCCGCCCGCCGCCCCGCCCCGCCCCGCCGCUCCUCCUGGCUCGGCUCCGGCUCCGGCUCCGGCGCGGGGCGGGGGGCGCGGGGCGCGGGGGGUGCUGUCCGCUCCGAACAUGUCGGGGCCCCGCGCCGGCUUCUACCGCCAGGAGCUGAACAAGACGGUGUGGGAAGUCCCGCAGCGGCUGCAGGGGCUGAGGCCGGUGGGCUCCGGCGCUUACGGCUCCGUCUGCUCCGCAUAUGAUACAGGACUGCGCCAGAAAGUGGCGGUGAAGAAGCUGUCUCGCCCUUUCCAGUCGCUGAUACACGCACGGAGGACAUACCGUGAACUGCGGCUGCUCAAACACCUCAAGCAUGAGAACGUCAUCGGACUGCUGGACGUCUUCACGCCGGCUACCUCCAUCGAGAACUUCAGUGAAGUGUACCUGGUGACCACCCUGAUGGGUGCCGACCUGAACAACAUUGUCAAGUGCCAGGUGCUGAGUGAUGAGCAUGUCCAGUUCCUGGUUUACCAGCUGCUGCGAGGGCUGAAGUACAUCCACUCUGCAGGGAUCAUACACCGGGACCUGAAGCCCAGCAAUGUGGCAGUGAACGAGGACUGUGAGCUCAGGAUCCUCGACUUCGGGCUAGCGCGCCAGGCCGACGAAGAGAUGACGGGCUAUGUGGCUACCCGCUGGUACCGGGCGCCUGAGAUCAUGCUGAACUGGAUGCACUAUAACCAGACAGUGGACAUCUGGUCUGUGGGCUGCAUCAUGGCUGAACUGCUCCAGGGGAAGGCCCUCUUCCCUGGAAACGACUACAUUGACCAGCUGAAGCGCAUCAUGGAGGUGGUGGGCACCCCCAGCCCUGAGGUUCUGGCAAAGAUAUCCUCGGAGCAUGCCCGGACCUACAUCCAGUCUCUGCCACCCAUGCCCCAGAAGGACCUCAGGACCAUCUUUCACAGAGCCAACCCAUUGGCUGUGGACCUGCUAGAAAGAAUGCUGGUGCUGGACAGUGACCAGAGGGUCAGUGCAGCCGAGGCUCUGGCCCACGCCUACUUCAGCCAAUACCAUGACCCUGAUGAUGAGCCUGAGGCUGAGCCCUACGAUGAGAGUGUAGAGGCCAAGGAACGCACAGUGGAGGAGUGGAAGGGGUACCAAGAUCCUGCUGUGCACCCUGCUGGGGCUCAGGUGGCAAAGGGUCCACCACGUGAGCAGAAGCCUGGCUUCCUCCUGUGGUAUGGGAGCUGCUGCAGCUUUUGGAGGCCUGAGGGCCCGGCGCCAGCUGGAGGCUACAGUCUUGAGGAUGCUGAAGCAGGCAGAACAAAAUGUGAACUUGGACUCUGAUGCUUCUGCCCAGGACCUUAGCCCAGAGCUGAGAAAUCUCCACUGCUACCUCUGGCGCUGGCUGAGCUUCAGUGCUCUGGUCCGGGGUUGACACUCACCCUCCCUCUUUCCAGAAAGGAGCUAGCCUAACACCUCUGGAUAGGACCCGCGGGAGAUGGAGAGGGGUGGUAUUAUUAGACGCUCCUUCAGGGAUGGGGUGGGGACCUUUCAGUUCAUAGCACCCGGGGAGGUCUGGAUGUCAAGUGCCUGCACCAGAGUUAUGCAAUAAAGGGGGGGUUCCUUCUGGCUCAGCUCCUGUCCCAGGCUGCACCUACAGCCUGGAGGGGAGACUGGAUCUCCAUGCAUCACCUCCCAGCUGGCCUGACCUCACCUGAUCCCUGCACUGACCAGGCUCCCUGUGCCUCUGUCAUGAAAGCAGCCAACUUCAGCACUAUGCUGCCAGCACCCAGAAGACAGAUGGUGUGUGUGUACAUGUCCUCAUCCGGGCCAUCAGGCUCUUGGAGUGAUGAGUGAUGGACACUCACUGAGCCCUGCUGGACAGUCACUGAACAAGCUUCUGAUUCA